AUGAACGUGACCAUCUCGCUCCCUCUGUUCUCGACGUUCUCGUCGCUGGAGCGUGGUCUUCUCGUGGUUACCGUGGCGAUGUACCUCCUGUCCGUGCUCCUGUCCCUGUUCUUGACCGCCGUGAUCUCGCUGGACGCUCGCCUGCACCGCCCCAUGUACGUGCUGCUCGUCAACCUGUCUCUGUGCGGCGUGUUGGGCGGGUCCACGCUCUGCCCCGCCGUCCUACGCUUCCUGCUGUGGGGGCGGAGUCAGCUCUCAUUGGUGGACUGCUUGGUUCAAAUCUUCUUCACAAACGUGUACACCGGGGCCGUGUUCUGUCUGCUCGCGGUCAUGGCGUUUGACCGCUACGUGUCCAUAUGUUUACCGCUGCGUUACCACAGCGUCAUGACCCCGCCCAGACUCCGCCUCCUGCUGCUGUGGCUCUACUGUUUCCUGGUGGCGGUGGCGGCGGUUCAGGCCUACCUCACGUCUCGCGUCGCUCUGUGCAGAUUCAGUAUCGAUAAGCUCAUGUGUGACUCUCUGGCCCUGUCGAACCUCGCCUGCCGCCAGACGCUCGUGGUCAGCGCCUUCGGACUCUUCUGCUCGCUCAGCGUCAUCAUGUUCCCCUGCCUCCUCGUGCUCCUCUCCUACGCUCAGAUCUUCAUCGUCAUCCUAAAAAAACCCGGAGUGUCUCGGAGGAAGGCCUUCAGAACCUGCACGCCGCACCUCAUCACCUUCGCCAACUUCUCCAUGGCGUCGUUCUUCGGUGUAAUAAACCGCCGCCUGAGCGACGAAGUGCCCAAGUCCGUCAACAUCGUGGUGUGUUUGGUGGUCCUCGUGUUCCCGCCGCUGCUCCACCCGAUCGUCUACGGGAUCAAGACCCAAGAGAUCCAGCAGAGCGUCAAGAGGACGCUCCACCGCCACCUGCAGGUGACGGAGAAGUGA